AGUGGCCGCUCCGUUGUGAUUCCCCGGCUCGGGCGCAGGCGCUGUGCGAGGGCCGCCAUGGCGUCCGGGGGCGCUUGGCGCUGCUUGGGGGCGCUGGCCCGCCGGGGACCCCUCGGGUGGAAGGCGGCGGCGGCUGCGAGCGGAGCCCGGGCCGCUUCGGGCUUGCCCAAGGACCUGCGGCCAGGGCCUUAUCCCAGGACGCCAGAGGAACGGGCUGCUGCUGCAAAGAAGUACAACUUGAGGGUGGAAGACUACGAGCCAUUCCCGGAUGAUGGCAUGGGUUACGGUGAUUAUCCAAAACUCCCUGACCGAUCCCAGCAGGAGAGAGAUCCUUAUUACAAUUGGGACCACAGUGAUCUGAGGCGGAACUACGGAGAACCGGUGCACUGGGAUUUUGACAUGUUUCUUCGGACACGGCUUGACACCACCCCUACGAUGUUUCCUUGGCAUGUAAUGCGCAACUGUAUCUUGGGCUUUAUUGGCUUCAUGCUGUUCAUGUUUGGCCUUGGAGAGAUUUAUCCAUCAUAUCAACCAGUGGGCCCCAAACAGUAUCCCUACAACAAUCUGUAUCUAGAAAAUGGCGGGGAUCCCAACCAAGAGCCACCAGAGGAGAAGAACUACGAGAUCUGAGGACUCCUGUCUCUGUGGCAUUCCUUUUUCCUGUCUGCAGGACUGACUGCUGCAAUGUUACUUUUGCUGUGUAAAAGAGCCCAAUAGGAGAAAAAUGAUAAAAAGUUAUUUUGUGGCAUCUUUA